AAUGGAAACAACUACAAAUCCAUUUCAAGUUUUUACUCAUGGCGAUUGGAUCUUUUAUGAUUUAUUUGAAGAAUACUCUUCGCUUAUCUCCGCUCAAAGAUCCUCCAUUAUCGUUCCAUUCAACGUGAAUGGAGAUGGAGACGUAACAUCAAACUUCUUUUUCGACGUUAUCAUAUCAAUUCUGCAAAAAAAUUUGAAACCAAAUUGGAAGCCUUAUGUGCUAUUUUUAGGAUUUCAACAGUCAAAAAUCGAUGAGAAAUUGUUGGAUGAGAAAAUUCAUUCUCUCAUCAAUUCAAAGGUAGAAAGCCUAGGAAAAUUGAUAGAGAAAUUGACGAGCGCCGACGAAUUAUCCAACAUGGAAUUCAAUGAUCAGAAUAAUCUACACAACCUAAUUGGACUGUGGGAAUUAUUAAGAAAAAUGGCGGAGAAUGGGGAAAAGAAUUGGAAAUUUAUAGACUCAAAGAAGAUAGGGAAUAAAGAGCUUUGGAAGGAAAUUGAAAAGAGCUUUGAUAAAGCAAAAGAGAUGGAUGCCUCUCUAAAUUAUAGUAGUUCAAUAGUUGAAGAGUUUAGCCUAAACUUAAAGAAAGCGUUUUCAAAGCACGAGGGUUUCAUAUCACUUAAUGACAUUACAGAUCUUGUGACAAUACUGAAAGUGGACAACAAGAAUAUCUCAUCGAAAACUGCCGCUAAAGAUUUGCUUGAUCCUUUAGAAGAAGAUAUGUCUUUCAAAUACGUAUCAGAAGUAUUUGAUAUAAUGAGAGAUAUUGGACUUGUGUUGAGAUUGCCUAACGAUGCAAGUACGUUUGUACUUAACUUACCUAAGACUUCUUUAAAGGACAACUAUGACGAUGAGCAUCUCCAAGGAUUAUCUGAAGUUGUAAUAGAGUAUCAAGUAGAAACAAAAAUAAACGGUUUCUUAAAUUCAACGAUUAUUCGUUACCUACAAACAAUUUAUCAAAUGGAAUACAUUUGUGUUCACUUUAUUGAGCUUUGUCAGAAGAGAAUCAUUUUUCAUUUUGGUCCUGUAGAAGUUGACGUUAAAAUUGAUGAAUUAAAUAUUUCAAUCUGCUGUAGGACUUUGAAAGUAGACGAAGCUGCUUCCCUACUUGGUCCAAUUUGCAAAGAGAUUUCAACAAUAGUUGAAUAUUCACUUUAUAAAUGCUCAACUUUUUAUAAGAGAUCAAUUGAUGCAUCAUGGAACAAUGAAGCCGAUAACAAAGUUAAAAACAAAGAAUUUUUUGAUAGCUUCAAUAUAAUGUUCGUAAAGCAUCCUGUUGAAAAUUCAACUAAAUUGGGAAUUAUAAAUAGAAAUUCGCUAUUAAGGCGAUUAAAUAAAGAAAUGAAUCCAACCUUCUUACAAGAUCUUACAGUUAAAAUAUUAAAUAAUUUAACUCAAUUACCAGUUAUGGAUUCUCCAAUAUUUUGUCAUUCCGUUACAAUUUCUAAUUGUAUAUGCAUUCGUAAUUCGUCGGAUCCUUUCUUUCUAAUCGAAUACGAGAAUGAAGAAAUUGAACGAGUUUUCUAUAUGAAUCAGAAUUCUUAUAGUUAUAUCGAUGAUUAUGGUAAUAGAAGAGAGAAGAAAUUCUUUCUAUUAAACUACUCUUCCUUUAGAAUAGAAUUUGAAGAGACGUCCGAUAAACAUAUUUUGGAUAUUUCAAACAAUGAUUUCAUUUAUCCUGGGGAAUUAUUCAAAUCGAAUAGUAACAUGUACUUUAUAGCCGAUGUUACUGACAAUGAAAUCCUGAUAACGGAGAACAAUCAUUCAUCUCCAACAUGGAAAAGUGUUGAUGAAUUUCAAUCGAUUUUAUUAAAUUUCACAAAUGAUCCAACAGUGAAUGAACAUUCAAAAUAUUUAAAUAAGCCAAUUGUUUCUCAAUCUCUAGUUGAACGCCUACUAAACGCUAAAGAUUUUUCAUUGUUUAGGCCUACUGUACUAAAUGAAAGGACGAAAGGAAUCUUUCAAGAAUUUUAUAACUUCGAUUAUCAUCAGGAGUUGUUUGAGAUUGAUUAUCUUGAUAAUAUGAGUAAUAAGAUAAGUAGCCAAUUGGAAGGAAGAUUAUUAAUUCCAAAUGAGUUAAGGGAAAGACCUCUACUGCUUAAGGAUAUCAUAAAUUUUAAAUACGCAACUAUUUAUCCAGUUUGCGAUAUCGGUACUCGCUUCUCUAAAACUCCCCAGAUGCAUAUAAUACGCAAUUUCAAAGAUCUUAAACCAGAAAACUAUGAAAGCUUUCACCCAUUCUAUUCGUUACCUUGGUUUGUUCAACUCAUAGACUAUUUCUGCUUAUUGGCCAUUGAAACUGGAUAUAUUGGAAACUUAACAGGCACUACUUUUAAACAACUUCUUGAAAAAUGCGAAUCUGAAUUGGAAGAACAACUGCAUAUUCAAACGGAAUUGUGUGAUUUGCAUUCCAAAGAUAAAUCACUUGAAUCGUUUAAUGUUCAAGAAACAUCCGAUAAUAGUUUAUGGCUCUAUUCAUUCUCAAAAUUCGAUGAUAAACUACAAGAUAUUAUUUCAAAAUCGUCCAAAUAUUUGUUAUCAUUAACAUUAAUUGAAAAUUCACUUGAAGAAUUUCCAAUAGAGAUUACUACAUUAAAGUUUCUACGUGAACUCGAUAUUAGUGGUAAUCCGAUACCAACGUUACCGAAAGAACUUUCACUUUUAACUCAGCUUAUCUCAAUGAUAUUUAAUGAUAACAUUCUCAAAGAUUUUCCAAAAGUAAUUUUUCAAUUGUACAACUUGAAGAUUUUACACUUGAGCUCAAUCUCUAUUCAAACAAUGGACUAUCAGAACCUAUUAGAUAGAGAAUGCAUAGCUAAGGGAAAGACAAAGCUCUACUCCUCUAUUGGCCUUGACGAGGAAUGUUUGAAAACAAUAUUUAAGGAAAGCGUAAAGGAUAACAAAACACAAACGAAACUUCCCGAUGAGAAGGCAUAUUUCUCUGCAAAGAUGUACGAAAGGCUUCCCCAUAUGACUUCUGCCCCUUUGAAACAACUUGAUAAUUCAUUUUCAUUGAGUAAAUUGGAAACUUUAAACUUAUCAAAUCAAGCUUUUAAAACUUUGGAUUAUAAUGUAAAAUACUUGAGACAUUUAAAAUCUUUAAAUCUGUCUUACAAUCUUCUCCUUGAGGAAAUCGACCAUGCAAUAUGUAAAUUACCAAUACACACUUUGAAUUUAGACGGCUGUCCAUCUCUGAAAACUCCACCGAGAGAAAUUGUAAAUAAGGGACUCCCUGCGAUAAUGAGCUAUAUGAGAAGACUGCAUGAAGGAUCAGUUGAGUGUAGAAGGACAAAACUGAUGCUUGUUGGACUUGGAGGAGCCGGUAAAACUAGUUUAAUUCGCAAAAUGACACAAUCGGAAGAAGAUACAGAAUCGGAAGAAACAUUACCAGAUGUUACAGAUGGAAUUGAUAUUAAAACAUGGAAAAUUAACUCGAUAGAAUAUUCAAUAUGGGAUUUCGCAGGGCAAGAAGUAUAUUAUAAUACUCAUCAAUUUUUCCUAACGAAUAGGGCAAUAUAUUUUCUAUUGUGGAACAUGAGAAGUGGUUACGAACAUUCAGGAUUGAAAUUCUGGUUGAGUUCAAUAGCUUGUCACGCACCGAAUGCUCCCAUUUUUAUUGUUGGCACACAAAUUGACAAGGUAGAGAAAACUGAUCUUCCAAUGAAAGAGUUACAGAGAUUAUUUCCUCAAAUAUCGAGCUUUCAUUUAGUUUCCUCAUUCACUGGACAGGGUAUUGACAAAUUAGUUGAUGAUUUGAUAACUGAAACAUUGAAAGAAAAGUACAUGGAUGAAAAGAUUCCGUUAGCUUAUCUAAAUUUCGAACAAAAGAUGCUCAGUGAAAAGUCAUUUAAAAAUCUUCUAUCAUGGGAAACUGUGUGUCAAUAUGCAAAUGAAUGCGGAAUAAAUGACAUUUCCGAGAUCUUUCAAGCAACCGAAUUCUUACACGAAUUAGGAUCAAUUCAACAUUUUCAAAAUGAAUUCCUCAAAUCUAAGAUUAUUAUUAAUUCUCAGUGGAUUAUUGACGUGAUGGCUUGUCUUAUAUCAGUUCACGAAACUUCAAUAAUAGAAGGUAAAUUGAUGCAUAAAGAUCUUAAUAAAAUUUGGUCACCUAGCAUAUAUCCGGAAGAAUUACAUAUUUGGUUAUUAAGACUAACUGAGGAAUUUGAUUUGACAUUUCCAAUUAAAAAUGAACCUGCAAGUAUAAUCCCAUGUUUAUUAAAGAUUGAAGAACCUAAGGAGAUAAAAACGUUCUUUCAUGAGAAAAUUGGUGAGAACGAGACGCGUGCAAAGAUGGUAUUUCGCUUUGACUAUCUACCAACAGGAUUGUGCAAUAGAGCUCAGGUUCGUCUAUAUCAGUUCAGCGAUGAUGCAAACAUGUGGAAAAAUGGUUCGUUUCUUGUGAAAAAUCGCCAUAGAGGAGUUUUAAAGCAAACAGAUAAAAAUACUGUGAUUAUUGAUGCACGAGGACCUCAACCGGAAAAUAUUCUUUUCCUUGUUUAUGAUAUAUUCAAAAAUCUUAUCCAAGAAACAUUCGUCGGAGUGAAAUACGACUGCUAUAUCUCCUGUAAAGAAUGUAUUCAUCAGGGUUCAACAGACCCUUGCCUUAUACCCUACACAAGAAUAAAAAGGGCUAUAGAUUUGAAAAUUCCUUUCCUCCAAUGUACCGAUAAUUUCCAUACACUUUCUAUUACUGAACUCAAAGGAAUGCUUCCUCCAGAAACGACAAGCGAUUUCGAUUUCCAUUUGGAAAAUGAUGUAAGAAAUCUAAGAAAGCUACGUUCACAGUUCGAUACAUACGUUGUAUUCUUAUUCUCAUCGAAAGAUUUAAACAAUCAGACGUUUGAAAAUACAUUCAAAAUUAUAUCAAAUGAAAUCAAGAAUUCCGGAGUCUCAAUCAAAAUGGUGGACGAAAGCUGCGAGUCGAAUAUUCAGAAUACAAUUUUAACAUUGAAAGAAGCUAAAGAUAUUCUAUUUUUGAUGUCGGAUCAUUUUCUCAAAAGCCGAAUUUGCAAAGAACUUUUUCUAUAUUCAAAAAAACAAUUAAAAGUAAAAACUCAAAUUGUUCUCAUGGAGAAAAGUGACAACUGGAAAAAAGAUAGCGACGUCGGAAUGCUCUGCGCAGAUGACUUGUAUAUCAACAUGCAAAAUCCACAAAAUGUGAAAAGCAAGCUGGUAGAUUUGAUGUGCUCUCUCUCCUCUCUGUCAAAGAGCUAUCGCACCAAGAAAAGAAAGACCGCCUCUUGUUUUAUCAGCUAUUGUUGGAGCAAUUCUGAAGAGGCAGUUGAAAAGGGUACGAAACGUAAAGAAGGAGCUAUUGGGAAGGUUGACCCUCGCCGCAUCAAGAAACUACUAGAAGGAGAAGGUAUUAGCUGUUGGAUGGAUAUUGAACAGGUUGGUCAGACUGGACUGAUUCAAGAUAUUACAGAAGGUUUAAAGAGUGCAAAAGUAGUCAUUGCAUGCGUCUCCGACGAAUACGUUACUUCGAAAAAUUGCCAAAUGGAAUUUCGUUUCGCAGCAAUGACUCUUCGAUUGCCAAUCAUUAUUGCAGUUGUGGGAACGGGUCUAAAUUGGAUGAGAUCCGAGAUAGGAAUGCUAUCGAUGGAUUAUCAAAAAGUGGAUUUGCAAUAUUGUGAAGACAAUGAUAAUGAAAUUUUAAAGUUUGUUAAAGAACAUGUGAAAUUUGAAGAAGACGAAGAAAAAGAAGAUAAUAUAAGUGAAACAAAUAUAGACGAAUCUAAUAACAAAAUUAAGCUAAACGAACUACUUGAGUUGGCAGAGAGAAAGUUUCUAAAGAAUUUCUUGUUUAUUCAUAGUCACUUUAACAUUAGAAGUCUACCACACCUUCCUAUUUUAGACUUGGAAGAAGGAUCAGAAAAUGAUACAGUAUUGGGAUAUAGAUUCGUAUUUCUAUGUGAAUGUGACGAAGGAUGGCAUCUUCCGGAAAAUUUCAAAUCUUUAAAAUGGAAUGUUUCACCUGACGAUGAAAAAACUACUGAAAUAAUAAAGACUUGGUCACCUUAUCUUGCAAGAGUUUAUACUCUUCUAAAGGAAACCGAUAUUCCUUUAGUAGCUUUAAAUUCGAAUAUAGGAAAUUCACUUGUCGAUAAGUUUAACGAAAUGUCGUCUUUGUCAGUAGAUCAGCUCUCAACAUCGUAUAUUUCAAUGAUAGAAUACCUUAAUGAGACGGAAAUUCAGAGUUAUUUUAGAACAGAAGAUGCCUAUUUAAAAAAGUGUCAAAUUGGGAAUGGCGAUAUCUCUUGGCUUUGUUCUUAUCAUCAGAAACAACCGCGAGUUAACGUUUUGGAGACAGAUAUGAUCUUGGCAACAGUGGGUAAAACCGACAAGUACUACGAAGAUAUACUCGAAAAUAUUGAUGAGAAUUGUGAAUUAAAGAGGACUUUAGAAGUUGAAAGUAAUACAACUGUUAAUGAUGACGAUGAGGCAGAUGAAGAGAAUCCUCUCUGUACAAAGAAAAGUAAAGUUGCUAAUCUAAUAACGAAACAGAGUCGAUUAAGAAGUCAAGCUUGCCUUCUAUUGUAA